CACCCCCCAUUCCCAGGGGUCACACCAGGGGGUCACCACUCCCAUUGUCCAUGGGGUCCCGGGGCGACGCCCCCGCGGCGCUUCCACCUCCCCCGGCCCGAGGCGGCGGCUCUGGACGGGGCGGGAGGAGCGGCCGCAGGCGCGCGGGGGAAACAGGGGGGCGGUUCGGGCUUGGGGUGCGCUCUGAGUCCGUGUGUGUGUGACCCCCGUGCAGACAUGAGCCCCAAAAGCUGCCUCGGCUGCACCAAGUGGUUCCUCUUCCUCCUCAACCUCCUCUUCUUCUUCCUGGGCAUAUUCCUCCUCGCCUUCAGCUUUUGGCUUCUCUUCGACCGGCAGAGCUUUGCCACCGUGCUGGGGUCACCGCUGGUUAGCCUGAGGGUCUGGUCUUACGGCUUCUCUGGGGUUGGCAUCACCACAAUGCUCCUCGGAUUCCUGGGGUGCCUGGGGGCCCUCAAGGAGGUCAAGGUCAUGCUGGGGCUGUAUUUUGGGCUCCUGCUGCUGCUCUUCACUGCCCAGAUCACCGUGGCCAUCAUCGUCUACACGCAGCGUGCCACCCUGGCUACAAAGGUGGCUGCCUACACAGAGGAGCUGAUCCGGGGGUACCCAGCCCAGGGACCACCUGGGGACACCCAUGAGAGCUGGGACGCUGUCCAGCAACAGCUUGGCUGCUGUGGCUGGAAAGGACCCCAGGACUGGUACCACCAUGAUGACGCCACCAGGGACAGGGACAGGGCCAUUGCCUGCUCCUGCCUCAGGGCACACAACAGCACCCACAAGACCCCAUCGAUGCUCCCCCACGGCCGCUGCCCCAUGGCUGCCCUCCAGGACAUCUUCCCCAGGGGCUGCAAGGAGAGGGUCCAGACCUGGCUGGCUGGAAACCUGGUCACCAUCGUGGGGGUUUGCAUAGGCAUCGGCCUGGGAGAGCUCUUCCUUCUGAUGCUGUCGAUGUUCCUGGUCCGGAACCUGGACUCCCACUACGAGAAGCUGCUGAGGGGACUCUGAGGGGGCCAGGGUGGCGUGGGGGGAAGCGCGGAGGGUUUUGUCCUUCAAUAAAAGCCGUGGGGAAGCCGCGGAAUCGAGACCGGA